CACGUGCUAACAGCCUCCAUUUUGUGGCGCAGCUACGCCGCGGACUCGCCAGUCGGGAGCUAGACGCCGUAGAGGAAGGAUCGGCCAGUGAGUGACUGAGCACCCUACUCGCGUACCCGUCUGGCCUCGGCACGCACCGCGAGACCAUCGUAGCGCAGCCGAUUUAAUCGUGACUAACGACACCAUGAGCGGCUGCCGCGUAUUCAUCGGGAGGCUGAACCCUGCAGCCCGGGAGAAGGAUGUGGAGAGAUUCUUCAAGGGAUAUGGACGCAUCCGGGACAUAGAUCUGAAAAGGGGCUUCGGAUUUGUGGAAUUUGAGGAUCCAAGGGAUGCAGAUGAUGCAGUCUAUGAAUUGGAUGGAAAGGAGCUCUGCAGUGAGAGGGUUACAAUUGAACAUGCACGGGCCCGUUCCAGAGGUGGCAGAGGCAGAGGGCGAUACUCUGAUCGCUUUAGUAGCCGACGUCCACGUAAUGACAGGAGAAAUGCCCCACCUGUACGAACAGAAAACCGUCUGAUAGUAGAGAAUCUGUCUUCCCGAGUCAGCUGGCAGGAUCUCAAAGACUUCAUGAGACAAGCUGGGGAAGUAACCUUUGCAGAUGCACACAGGCCUAAGCUAAAUGAAGGGGUGGUUGAGUUUGCCUCUUACAGUGACUUAAAGAAUGCUAUUGAAAAGCUCUCUGGCAAAGAAAUCAAUGGAAGGAAAAUUAAACUAAUUGAAGGCAGCAAAAGACACAGUAGGUCCAGAAGCAGGUCUCGUUCCCGUAGCAGGAGCUCAUCCAGGUCUCGCAGCCGUUCUCGUUCCCGAAGCCGCAAGUCUUACACCAGGUCCAGGAGUAGGAGCCGUAGCAAGUCUCGUUCAGUUAGUAGGUCUCCAAUGCCUGAGAAGAGCCAGAAACGAGGUUCUUCUAGUAGAUCAAAAUCUCCAGCAUCUGUGGAUCGGCAGAGGUCUCGGUCAAGGUCCAGAUCCGUUGACAGUGGAAAUUGAACUAUAUAAGUAACUUGCCCAGGGGCCUUUUUUAAAGCAUACUUGCUAAAACUUGUGGUAAGUAUGUGAUUUUUCUGUGGGGAAGGGUUUGGAUGUGGGGGAGGGACAACUUUGUAGAUAUGGACCACUGCGGGGUAUGAAAUAAAUGUAUUAAAUGUCUUUUGAUAAUCCUUUUCUUGCUCACAUUUUUGUGGAUGUCAAGUGUAUAGUUCGUGUAUUUGGGCAGAGCUCUUUAUAACUAAAGCUAAUAACUUCAAUUUUUUUGUACUCAAAAAAAUAAAAUCUGAACGUUUUAGUUCCCAGUGUAUUCAAACAUGUGAAUGGUAAUUCAAGAUUAGUUUAAUGUCUUCAAUUAAACUAAUAGCUUUAGACAUUUAAGAGCUCUACAUCUGUGCUGUACAUAAAGCUUUAUAUCAGAGGGUUUUUUGUGCUUCCAACAAUUGUUUUCAGUUGAGUCAGCAAAAUAGAUUAUGCUGCUCAAGAUUGAUAAUAAAACCUUUAAUUUUAAAAA